AUGGCCGCCAGCGGAGGAGAUGCAAAACUGUUUGCAAGAGGGAAAGUUGCGGAGCUGCGAUUGGAGCUCAACAGCGGUGGUAAGAAGGACAAGAACCACUCUGCUAAGAAGAUCGCCCUCAAGAAGAUCGUGGCCAACAUGACCAUGAGCAACAACGACAUGGUAGCUCUGUUCCCUGAUGUUGUUGGUUGUAUGCAGAUUCCAAGCUUGGAGAUUAAGAAGAUGUGCUUUCUCUUUUUGGUCAAUUAUGCUCGCAUAAAGCCAGACGUGGCUAUGAAAGCUCUGCCUGUCCUUGUGCUCGAUAUGGAGGACUCAAACCCACUGAUACGAGCGCUCGCUCUCCGAACUAUGUCUUAUAUUCAUGUCCGCGAAUUUGUCGAAGCUACUGUUCCACCUCUCAAAGGGCUGUUGAAAGACCCAGACCCUUAUGUGCGGAAGACGGCAGCUUUUUGUGUAGCCAAGCUUUACGAUCACGACAAGAACCUUGUGGAAGCAUCAGACUUGAUAGACAGACUUAAUGGCAUGCUAAGAGAUGACAAUCCCACCGUCGUUUCAAGCGCGCUGGCGGCGUUGAUGGACAUUUGGGAGAGGAGUGAGACCAUCAAACUUACUAUUGACUAUGCCAGUGCUUCAAAGAUCGUACAGAUCUUGCCGGACUGCUCAGAAUGGGGCCAAACAUAUAUAUUAGAAGCUCUAAUGUCAUACGUACCGCAAGAUACUUCCGAAGCACUUCUUCUGGCUGAAAGAGUCACUCCUCGACUUUCACAUUCGAAUUCAGCUGUUGUACUAACGUGUACCCGAGUCAUCCUCUAUCUCAUGAACUACAUCGCGGAUGAGAAGCAAAUAUCUGGUCUGUGUCGGAAAUUGUCUCCCCCACUGGUUACGCUGCUGGCGAAAGGGCCCGAGAUCCAGUACCUCGCUUUACGAAACGCCUUAUUGAUACUUCAGCGGAGACCAGAAGUAUUGAGGAACGAUAUUCGGGUCUUCUUUUGUAAAUACAAUGAUCCCAUCUAUGUCAAGGUCACAAAGCUGGAAUUGAUCUUCAUGUUGGCAACGGAGAAGAACAUCCGAGAGGUUCUGACUGAGCUGCGAGAAUACGCCACUGAGAUCGACGUGCACUUUGUUCGAAAAUCAGUCCGCGCGAUUGGCAAAUUGGCCAUCAAGAUCGAGCCGGCAGCGCAAGACUGUAUCGAUUCACUUCUUGAGCUUGUGGCCACCAAGGUUUCCUACAUUGUGCAAGAGGCGACAGUUGUAAUAAAAAACAUAUUCAGGAAGUACCCGAACAGAUACGAGUCCAUCAUUUCAAUACUUUGCGAGAACCUAGACUCCCUCGACGAACCUGAGGCCAAGGCAGCCAUGAUCUGGGUGAUAGGUGAAUACGCUGACCGAAUCGAGAACUCGGACGUUCUGCUGGAUGAUUUCCUCUAUUCCUUUGCGGACGAAUCGGUGGAGGUGCAGCUUGCAUUGCUUACAGCCACUGUCAAACUUUUUAUACAACGACCUACGAAGGGGCAAGACCUGGUGCCCAAGGUCCUGAAAUGGGCGACUGAAGAGACUGACAAUCCUGAUCUCCGAGAUCGCGGAUAUAUGUAUUGGCGAUUGCUCUCUACAGAUCCAACACUUGCAAAGCAGGUGGUCAUGGGUCCUAAGCCGGCAAUCACCGCCGAGUCAGAGAAGCUGGACCCUGCAACCCUGGAAGAAAUGUGCCUUAACGUUGGUACGCUCGCCACCGUUUACCUUAAGCCCGUGCAACAGGUAUUCCGAAAUGCGCGACAAAGAAGGCUCAUUGAUAGUCCGGCUUUACAGAAGCAUACUUUGCCCACCGUGAUCGCGAUGGAAGCACACAAGUCCUUACCUUCGGUCAUGAACGGUUCUGAGCUACCACCUUCGACAGGAAACGGAGGCGAGGCUAACAGAGCAAAUCUCUCGGCUGCCAUCGAUGCUGCGGAUGUCUACUUCCAGAGCCUUAAUACUAACAUGGGUUCUAUGGAACUUGGAGGAGAUGAGGGCUUUGGAGGCAGUCCCACGGCAGGCGCAGCUGGAGAACGACAGUACGUUGUAAAUCAGAACAAUCCUCAGCAGGUGUAUCAGCCGCAGAUCGGAGGAGAGAAUGGUGAUUUGCUGCUUCUGUAG